AUGUUCCUUGCCGACAUUGAGCGCCACGAGGUUCAGUGGGUGUCCUUCCUAACAGCGGCCCACGUUGUCCUCCUUGGACCCGAUCCUUUCCCAAUUACAGCUGCUAAAAGCCGUGCAACCGGCAUCUCAGUGGACUGGCACAGAAGGCGGUCGCUGUUGACUAUAUUAGCUAAAGUGCUGCAGGCAGCUCACGGCAUUUCCCAGCCGAUGGUCAACGUCACCACAGUGACCAGAUUCCUGCUUCUGGGGUUCUCGGGGGUCCGGGAGCUGCAGCUGGUCCACGCCACACUGCUCCUGCUGGUCUACGAUCGGACUUGUGCUUCUAUGCUGGCCGCCUCCUGGCUCAGCGGCAGUCUGAUCGCCGUGUUGUUCACUGCCAGUACUUUCUCCUUGUCCUUCUGUGGCCCCAACGACGUCCACCGGUUUUUCUGUGAACCCUCCCAGUUGCUGAGGCUCACCUGUUCCGCUAGCCAUAUCGCCGAACAUGUGAGUUUAGCCAUGGCCAUCUGCUUAAGCUUACUCUGCUUCGUGCUCAUCAUCAUCUCAUAUGUGCGCAUCUUCCGGGCCGUGCAGAGAAUGCCGGUGGCCGAGGGCCGGGCCAAAGCUUUCUCCACAUGCCUGCCCCACCUCUUUGUCAUCACUCUUUUCAUCUCUUCUGGAUUCUUCGCCUACCUGAAACCAGUAUCGGACACCCCCUGGGCACUGGACCUACUGGUGUCUGUGUUUUACACUGUGGUUCCACCGACCCUCAACCCCCUCAUCUACAGCCUGAGAAACCGUGAUAUGAAGGCCGCUAUGAGCAAGCUUCUUGGGCAGGAAAGCUUUCGAAAAGAAAAAUUAUGUCACGUGAACUUUUCCACAUCCUAG